CUCGCUCUCUCUGGAGACAUCUUGAUUGGGGGGCUGUUCCCCCUGCACAUCGUCGUGUCCGAGCCAGAGCUGCCCUUCACUAAGAGACCCCGACCGGGCCAGUGCUCGGGCUUUGACUUCCGGGCAUUUCGGUGGCUCCAGACCAUGGUGUUUGCCAUCGAGGAGAUCAACAGAGACCCCGACCUGCUUCCCGGCAUCCAGCUGGGUUACCGGAUCCUCGACAGCUGCGAUCAUGUCCAUACAGGCCUGCGGGGGGCACUGUCGCUGGUCAAUGGCUCGUCAGGGUGGGCGGACGCUGACCGCCCCUGCCUGACCGGAGCCCCUGUGCCGGCUAUAAUCGGCCUAGCGUCGUCAUCACCGACCCGGGCCGUCGCACAUACCCUCGGCCCCUUUGACAUCCCACUGGUCAGUUACUUUGCCACGUGUGAGUGCCUAAAGGACAAACGGCAGUUCCCCUCCUUCCUGCGCACGGUGCCCAGCGACCUCUUCCAGGUGCGGGGGCUCGUCCAGCUGGUGGCACACUUCGGAUGGCGAUGGGUGGGUGCCAUCGGCACGGAGGACGACUACAGCCGCUACGGGAUCCAGGCGUUCCGGGAGCAGCUAGCGGAGCGGGGCGGCUGCCUGGCAUUCUAUGCCACGCUGCCCAAGGCGGAGAACCCUGAGCGACUGGCCCAUGUGGCCGAUGCCCUGGAGGCCUCCAGCGCCCGCGUCAUCCUGGCCUUCUCCACCGAGGGCCAGCUCUAUGGGCUGCUGAGUGAGGUGGCACGCCGAAACCUGACGGGCCGCCAGUGGAUCGCCAGUGAGGCCUGGGUGACGGCCAGCCUGCUCUCCGGGCCACAGUUCCGGGACACGCUGGCCGGGACGCUGGGCUUCGCUUUCCGGAAAGCCUCCAUGCCAGCCCUGGGUGACUUCCUCCUUCGCGUGCGGCCCUCGCCUGCACCCAACUCCGUCUUCGUCAACGCCUUCUGGGAAGAGCUCUUCGGCUGUAGGCUGGACUUCACUGGGGGCGCUGAUGAGGCCCCGGGGUCCAACCAGCCGUCUUGCAGUGGCGCCGAGGAUGUGAGAGGCAGGAACAGCGUGUACUCAGACGUGUCGCAGCUGAGGGUCUCCUACAAUGUGUACAAGGCCGUGUACGCCAUCGCUCACGCUCUGCACCGCCUGCUGUGCUGCGACGGCCCUGGGGACGGAGCAGGGAGCAGGAGCUGCGGGGCCCUGCUGCCACUCCAGCCACGACAGUUGCUCUCCUACCUGAAGAGAGUGAAUUUCACCACCAGGUUUGGGGAGAAGGUUUAUUUUGACAGCGACGGGGAGCCCGUUCCCCUGUACGACAUCGUCAACUGGCAGAGGGACAGCAGGGGGAUCAUCACGUUCAAGACUGUGGGGACCUUUGAUGCCUCUGCUCCAGUGGGGGAACAGCUCAGGAUGGACCAGUCCACCAUCGUGUGGACGGGGGGAGAGACGCAGGUUCCCAUCUCCGAGUGCAGCCACAGCUGUCCCCCUGGGACCAGGCAGGCCUCACGACCCCGGGAGCCCAUCUGUUGCUUUGACUGCCUCCCCUGUGCCGAUGGAGAGGUCAGCAACCAAACAGGCUCCUCAGAGUGCAUGAAGUGCCCUCAGUACCACUGGUCGGACCCAGACAGGGUGGCCUGUUUGCCCAUGCUGGAGGAGUUCCUGUCCUUCCAGGACAUCUUGGGCGUUGUUCUAGCCUUGCUGUCGGUCCUCGGGGUGACCGUGACGCUGGUAGUCACGGGCAUCUUCUACCGAUUCCGGGACACGCCAAUCGUACGCGCCAACAACUCGGAGCUGAGCUUCCUGCUGCUGGCAUCGCUGGCGCUCUGCUUCCUGUGUGCCCUUCUCUUCAUCGGCCGGCCUUCGCCCUGGUCCUGCUGGGCGCGGCAGGCCACUUUCGGCGUCGCCUUCGUUCUCUGCAUCUCCUGCAUCUUGGCCAAGACCAUGGUGGUGCUGGUGGCGUUCUGGUCCACCAUACCCGGAUCCAAUGCUGUGCGGCUUUUUGGGCCCACCCAGCAGAGGGCGCUCAUCUUCUCCUGUACAGCCGUCCAGGUGGUUCUGUGUGUGUCCUGGCUGACCUGGGAUCCACCUUCACCCAUUAAGAACACGUCCUACCAAGCCGGACGGAUCAUUCUGGAGUGCCAGGAUGGUGCAAUCCUUUACCUGGUGCUAGGCUAUAUCGGGCUGCUGUCCUGCAUCUGUUUUGACCUUGCCUUCCUGGGCAGGAAGUUGCCAGAUACCUUCAACGAGGCCAAACUCAUCACCUUCAGCAUGCUCAUCUUCUUCGCCGUAUGGAUCUCCUUCAUCCCUGCCCACCUCAGCUCUCCGGGCAAAUACACCGUUGCCGUGGAGAUCUUCGCCAUCCUGGCAUCCAGCUUCAGCCUCUUGCUCUGCAUUUUCCUGCCUAAAUGUUUUAUCAUCUUGCUCAAACCUGAGAAGAACAUCAAGAAAGGCAUGGUGAGCAAGUAG